UGUUUCCACAAUCAUCAAAUCAACUGUACCUUAUUAAAAUCAAUUGGAAAUUGUGUAAAUGGCAGAGAAAUAUUGUUGAAAUCCGUCGCUUAUUUGCCCACACGAACUGUCGAAAAAUGUAAUUUAAUUGCGCAUGCGCAUUUCGCAGGAAAUAACGUUAAUGCGUGGUAGUGUUAGACGCAAGUGUGUUUUAAUUGUGCAUUAUUAUCUUCAGUUUGCAGAACAACUUUAUUGAACUAUGGCCCUCAAUAAGUUUAUGCACCCAAGGAACAAAUAUAAAAGUAGAAAACCGGAUUUUAAAGAACUUGCUGCAAAGUAUGACUACUUUCAAGAUGCAUCCUCUACAAGUGAGACUGGUAAAGUUACAAUAGACUUUAAGGACCCAAUAGCUGCCAGAGCUCUUACCAGGGCCUUGCUGGAGCACGACUUUGGCGUGAAAGUUUCUCUGCCUCUAGACAGACUUAUACCAACGGUACCUCAGAGGUUGAACUACAUACUUUGGCUGGAAGACAUAAUUGGACAGGAGACCCCUGCUCGUGGAAUAGAUAUUGGUUCAGGGUCCAGUUGCAUAUAUCCUCUGCUUGGCUGCAGACAGAACGGAUGGUCCUUCUUGGCAUCUGAGGUAGAUGAUGAAAAUAUCCUCUUUGCUAGAAAAAACAUCGAGCAGAAUGCCAUGGGAGAUAAAAUAAAAGUUGUCAAGGUUACCGAGGACACUCUGCUGCUUGGUCUGCUUGAAGGCAGCACAGAAACUUUCGACUUUAGCAUGUGCAACCCUCCAUUCUACUCAGAUCACCUUGAGGCCCAGGGUAUCACUACAGCUCGCAGUGAUGACCGCUCAGACGCAAGCUCCAUAUCCACUGCAAGUGAGGUAGAGAGUAUUGCCUGGGGUGGGGAGGUCAGGUUUGUCUCGCAGAUGAUAGAAGAGUCCUUGCAGCUGAAAAACAGGAUCAGAGUCUACACAAGUUUACUUGGCAAGAAAAAUAGUGUUCAAGCUGUGAAGGAUUUUUUACAGAAAAAAAAGGUUCCGAAGUUUGCCACUACAGAGUUCUGUCAAGGCAAAACUAUGAGAUGGGGGAUUGCUUGGACAUUUGACACCACUGUUGUCUUCCCGAAAUCUGCUUUCAAAGAGCAGAAGAAUGCCAAGCCCCCAUUGGUCUGCAGUGUACAGAGAGGAGCUGCGGGCCUGCAGGAAUACACGGUUCAGACAUACAUCUGGUUCCUAAGGAAACUAGUGGAAGACCUCAAGAUAAAUUACUACACCAAGCACUGUGGCAAGUUCUACACCUGCCUGAUCCUGCAAGCCAAGUCCAACACAUGGUCCCAUCAACGGAGGAAGCGAAGAGAACGGGAAAAGAAAAUGAAUUCAUCAGAACCUCUGGACACUCCUGAUUGUAAGACUAUUGAGAAUGCAAGAGCCGCUGAACCUCAGGUUAAAGACCUCAAAGAGAAGUGUUCUGAAAGUUUUGAAGCUUCUGUUGAUAAUGAAUCUGAACAUUCAAAGGAAGAUGAACAAUCUGCCACGAAGUCCACUGGUGAUAAUGAAAAAAUGCUUCAUGAGGACGAAAUCAUGGAUGAGGUUAAUGUGGUGAAAGAAAAACCUGACCUGGGUUUGGAUAGUGAAGAGGCGACAAAAGGGAAGAAGAGGAAGUCUACUGAUUAUGAGACUGACCUAGACAAUAAAAGUAAAAAGCUAAAAGAAAAUGAUGAAGCACUAUCAAGUGAUGGUGUAAACAAGGAUAAGCAAUGUGAACCAGUGGUAAAUUUGUUGAAAGGUCCUCAAAUGUUGUCAAGACAUCAAAUUGUGCAACAAUUUAAAAAAGAACAAGCUGAAAACAGUGCUAGUAAUGCAGUGAAGAAAACUUUGUCUUUUUACGAAAAAUCUGAGCCAUUUUCUGAAAAUGAAGAAUGUUUGCUGCUGUGCAAGUUUGUUUUGAAGAAAGAUGAAGGAGAAAUGAGCCUUGCAUUGACUCAUCUAGCCGGAAAUAGAGAGACCAUGCAUCAAAUCAUGCAAUUCUUCAAAAAUAAACUGUCUGUUCCAAGUACAUAACAAAAAUGUUGGUACACAAUAAAUCCUUUUGCAAGAUCUUUUUAGCUCGGCUGUUUUCGGAGAAAACCCGAGGUAUUGUCAUAGCCAGCUUGUCGUGUCUUUCCGCUGUCUGCGUGGUGCUAAAACCUCAACAUUGGCUCUAAAAUCAAAGUGCUUUCACUUACAACAUUGAAACUUCAUAUGUAGCUGCACCUUGACGAGUUCUACACGCCACACCCAUUUUUGGGUCACUUGGUCAAAGGUCAUGGUCACUGUGACAAAUUUGCACCUGCAGCAGAGCGUUGGCAACCGUUAUGAGUAGCUCUUGUUUAUUUUUUUACUGAUUACUCAGAUAUUGAAUUUUAGUUGUGUCCCAGAUAUAAGAUGGCAGGGUUUAUCGGUAGACUGAUGUCUGAUAGUUGGUUUUAUUUGUUUCUGCUCUCUAAGGCCCAGUGGAGUCAACUGAAUUGCUAAAGAUGAUGCUAUACACUAAUAUCUAUUGAAACGUCUACUAGUAAAAUGUCCUCUGAAUAUACACCAAAUUAGAAAAAAUCUGUAUGGGAAGAAUAUCUCGUGUUUGACAAUUGUGUAUCUCAUUGGAACUAUUAAAUUAUGAACUUUUAAAUAUCUAAACUAUAAGGUUGUAGAUGUUUUGUUUCAGUUUUAUGCGCUCUUCAUCAAGGAUUUUUAUGUCCCCCACUAUAGUAGUGGGGGACAUAUUAAUUUUGCCCUGUCUGUUGGUCUGUCUGUUUGCGCCAACUUUAACAUUUUGCAAUAACUUUUGCUAUAUUGAAGAUAGCAACUUCAUAUUUGGCAUGCAUGUGUAUCUCAUGAAGCUGCACAUUUUGAGUCAUGAAAGGUCAAGGUCAUCCUUCAAGGUCAGAGGUCAAAUAUACGUGGCCAAAAUCGCUCAUUUUAUGAAUACUUUUGCAAUAUUGAAGAUAGCAACUUGAUAUUUGGCAUGCAUGUGUAUCUCAUGGAGCUGCACAUUUUGAGUGGUGAAAGGUCAAGGUCAUCCUUCAAGGUCAGAGGUCAAAUAUAUGUGGCCCAAAUCGCUUAUUUUAUAAAUACUUUUGCAAUAUUGAAGAUAGCAACUUGAUAUUUGGCAUGCAUGUGCAUCUCAUGGAGCUGCACAUUUUGAGUGGUGAAAGGUCAAGGUCAAGGUCUUCCUUCACAAGGUCAAGGUCAUCCUACAAGGUCAAACAUCAUAUAGGGGGACAUUGUGUUUAACAAACACAUCUUGUUUAAUAACUACACUGUACUACGGUUUAGCUUAAGGGAAUGAUAACGUCCAUAACAAUGUCUUACAUUUAACAGACUGUAACUUAACCAUUCAAUUUUGAAAUAACCUUUUACCAAUGCUCACCACUGCCUUUUUUACCUGUGCACCUUGCAGAAAUAUCCAAGUCACACUCAUGGGUUGUGCACCUUGCAGAAAUGUCCAAGUCACUUUCAUGGGUUGUGCACCUUGCAGAAAUGUCCAAGUCACACUCAUGGGUUGUGCACCUUGCAGAAAUGUCCAAGUCACACUCAUGGGUUGUGCACCUUGCAGAAAUGUCCAAGUCACACUCAUGGGUUGUGCACCUUGCAGAAAUGUCCAAGUCACACUCAUGGGUUGUGCACCUUGCAGAAAUGUCAAAGACACACUCAUGGGUUGUGCACCUUGCAGAAAUGUCCAAGUCACACUCAUGGGUUGUGCACCUUGCAGAAAUGUCCAAGACACACUCAUGGGUUGUGCACCUUCCACAAAUGUCCAUGACACACUCAUGGGUUGUGCACCUUGCAGAAAUGUCCAAGUCACACUCAUGGGUUGUGCACCUUGCAGAAAUGUCAAAGACACACUCAUGGGUUGUGCACCUUGCAGAAAUGUCAAAGACACACUCAUGGGUUGUGCACCUUGCAGAAAUGUCCAAGUCACACUCAUGGGUUGUGCACCUUGCAGAAAUGUCCAAGUCACACUCAUGGGUUGUGCACCUUGCAGAAAUGUCAAAGACACACUCAUGGGUUGUGCACCUUGCAGAAAUGUCCAAAGUCACACUCAUAGGUUGAAGGUUGAAUUUGAGUAUAGUUUCAGUGCUCGUGUUAUGUGUUCACUAGCAGAUUAUGCGCUUAUGAAACAAAAUUGACGCUAACUUUUGUUCCUUUGGUAAUUGUUCAGAUGGUAAUUGGAAAAUAUGUAAUUUUUCUUAAGUGGGAAAGAGUCUUUUACGGGUAAUUUGUAAAGAAGGGAAAAAAAGUGAGACUCCAGUCCCUGUUUAAGCUGUCAGCCUACCUCCCAAGAUCAAACUUUGAGAUCAGUUUAGCCUCAAAACUGUUUUGGACUUUAAUUGUUCAUCAUGCAAUUUCACUUAUUGACCACACGUUUUGCCAUGUUAAAACAGUGUGCCAUUUGUAACAACCGUCUCCUUACUUGAAUGGUAAAGGUCGCACAUAAAGAUCAAAGACUAAAUUUUACUAUUAAACAACUUGUCAGGACUUACGAGUUAUUGACAAUGGACUAUACGUAUUGCUGAAAUGCAUCUACUUUUGAUACUGUAAAUAUGCAACAUCUACAGUGCAAUGUGGCAAAAUGGAUGAGCUUAUCUUGGAAGCGGUUGUUUUUCUUUUCUAAAUGCGUUUUAUUCUGCAUCCUUUAAGAAAACUUAAUAUUUUAUUAAAAGCUUGUUGAUUAUUUUACUUUGUGUACCAAACCAAGGAAGUAUUUUAUUCAUACAAUGUUUUCAAAACAUUGUCUUAUGGCAUUUACAAUGUUAUAUGGCAGGGAAUAUCUAACUUAUGAUUUGCUCUUUCCAACAUUUUAGUCUUCGCUGCUUUAAAACCUUGUAUUUAUACAGCUACUUGUAACUGAAGGCAGUAUGUACCUUUAAAAUUGAUCUUACUUCAUUUGUUUUUGCUACGAUUAUACCUUGUGAUUAGGAUAGCCCUAGUGCCUCGUUAAGUAUUUUAGUCUCUAUGUAGACAGAUGUGAAAAUGAUGAAUUUGUUCAUACCAACAUUCUGUAGACAAUGUUAUUUAACUUUCAUAACAGUGUAACACAGUACUGAUUUAAAGACCAAACUUGAAAUUGUUUGAUUUAUUCAAAUUCAACUUUCAGUUGUGGAGAGUAAGUUAUUUCUUUGUCAGAUUCAGUCAGGGUCUGUCAGUUUUUCACUUAUUGUGUUCCAAAACUAUGUAAUAGGAAGACACAUUUAAAGACAUUUUUUGCCCCCCAAAAAUUAGGAAAGAAGCUCUUAUUGUGUGUAACUUUUAUACCCUGUGGGUUAAAAAAGCAAUGUGAAAGUUUUUAAAUGAUAAGUACGCUAGUUAAGCUGCACUUUGUUAAUGUACUUAAUGCAGUAUGCUGCAGUUUGUUAAUGUACUUAAUGUAUGCUGUACUUUGUUAAUGUACUUAAUACAGUAUGCUGCACUUUGUUAAUGUACUUAAUGCAGUAUGCUGCAAUUUGUUAAUGUACUUGAUGCAGUAUGCUGCACUUUGUUAAUGUACUUAAUGCAGUAUGCUGCAAUUUGUUAAUGUACUUGAUGCAGUAUGCUGCACUUUGUUAAUGUACUUAAUGCAGUAUGCUGCAAUUUGUUAAUGUACUUGAUGCAGUAUGCUGCACUUUGUUAAUGUACUUAAUGCAGUAUGCUUAGACUUUAACUUUUCAGCCUAAAAUUCAAUCCAUGCAUUCAUUGUUUUGUUAACCAGGUUUUCCGUAGGAAAAAACUGGUUAUUAGAUUGGCGAAUGCGGGCGGGCUGGGCUGGCUGUCAGGCGGGCGGAACAAGCUUGUCUGGGCCAUAACUAUGUCGUUCAUUGUCAGAUUUUAAAAUCAUUUGGCACAUUUGUUCACCAUCAUUGGACGGUGUGUCGCGCGAAAUAAUUACGUCGAUAUCUCCAAGGUCAAGGUCACACUUUGAGUUCAAAGGUCAAAAAUGGCCAUAAAUGAGCUUGUCCUGGCCAUAACUAUGUCAUUCAUUGUGAGAUUUUAAAAUCAUUUGGCACAUUUGUUCACCAUCAUGGGACGUUGUGUCGCACGAAAGAAUCACGUCAAUAUCUCCAAUGUCAAGGUCGCCACGACUUAAAAUAGAUUUUUUUUUAAAACAAACUUACAAAGGGGGUUAAUUUUGUUUGUUCAUUUCAAAAGUUCAGUUUGAGUUUUCUCCCUUUAUCAGAUUUUUUUUUCACAAUGAAAACCUGGUUUUGUGACAAUUUUGUCCCUUGUUCAUUAUGAUAUGCAUUUGUGCAAAUACAAAAGGUCAUCCUAUUUCAAAGGAGACUUUGUAUAGCAUGAUAUCUACAAUUUGUUACAUGAGACAUCAUGCUAUGUCUGUAUUACGUGUCCCUAUUGUGACGUAGUUUUGACAUGUUAACAUAAACAAUUACUUAUUAAACAGGAUUUUGUGAAGUUCUUUUUCAAAAUUUAUCAAUACUCAAUAGCCCUUAGCAUUUCUGGUUCUUAUAUAAUAAGUUGAUGUGUACUUCCCAGUUGUAUGCAAGUGUCACAUGUACUUGGCAUGAUGGUUUGUAGAUUUUUAAAGGGGCAGUAUUUAUGUAGUGACAAAAUAAACAUACAGCCUUCAUGGAAUAAGGCAUUUUUGCAUGAAAAGGUUCUAGAGUUUAUUGUAUAAUACUGAACAUGUGCCAUUAUCUUGUUUUGUGUAAUUCUGUUUGCAACGUCUUCACUGUUGAUGAUUGUGAAUAAAUCAAAUCCAAAUUUUG